UGAUUUAAAAGAAAGAUAGAAAAGGAAGACAGAUACUAAAGGCGUCGGAGAAGUAAAAAUGGGUGGUUGUUGUUCUUCAUCAAAAGGAGCUGACACAGAUAGAACGCCUGCUUACCAUUAUCUGAGGCAACAACUCGAACUUCCUACCGCAAGAUGAAGGAACAAGAUAUGGUAGCCUCCACCUUCCGCACUCGCAUCUGUGAAGGAUCUGGGGUCUUUUUUUUUCUAUCUCAUCCUACUUAGUGCCUUUGACUGUGGAAAUCUGGGGGAAAUAUCACUGGAUGGCUGAUGCUGAAGCCUAAAGGAAUAGCAUGAGACUGAAGGAAUUCAUUGUAUUACGUACAACAUCAUGGCUGAGGAUAUGAUUUUUGUAUACAGAUGGGACCGCUUAUUUUUCUGCAUAAUCCAUAUUCUUCGAAAUAAUUGGAUCCUCCAAUGGGUUAAUCUAAGAGUUGAUCAAGGACAACAUUGAAAUGCGUAUGGUGGUAUAUGAGUGUCCACAAACACUGGAGGAAAGAGGACCUGUGUCAGUCACCAAUGUCACAUCUUCUGCAGUCCCUUCUGGACCACUUUUUGAAAGGAAUCUGGAUUCUUCAGUUCCUGAUGCUUACAGAGCACCUCCUAUGCCAGUGCCUUAUGACGGAUGUUUGGAAUGUUCUCAUGCGUUGCCCGGAAAAUUUGCAGACCUUAUGAAGUCUGGUCACAUGCAACCAGCAGACUCUGCAUCGAUAGGAGAAGCAGUUGUCAUGGAUGGGAAUCUGAAAGAUUCUGAGUACAAGAUAAAGGUAGUUGGCGAGGAAGACAACCUUAAGGCAAAGGAAGAUGAACCUUCAAAGUUGAGCAAAUCUGAUGGCUUGGCUACAGAGGAAGAGGAUGUUUGUCCCACUUGUCUUGAAGAGUAUGAUUCAGAGAACCCACGGAUUAUCACGAAGUGUGGUCAUCAUUUUCACUUGUCAUGUAUUCUUGAAUGGAUGGAGAGAAGCGACACCUGUGCAAUAUGUGACAAGAUCAUGAUGUUUGAUGUUUGACAUUGGUAGCGAAUAGUAGUAUUAUGAGCUUAAAAGAAUCAUCAUCUUGUUUCUCCUUCUGUGAAUCAAGCCAGCCUAUUUCAAGGCACAAUGGUACCUGGUGUCUUUGUGGCAAUUCCUCAAGCCAAUCUCAUGUAUAAAAUUCUUUUAAAAGGUCUACGUAUAGGCCAGGGGGUACAAGAGUCAGAGAUUAAAUGUGACGGUUCUUUCAUUAUCUUUUCAUUUUUUUGUAGGUAAUGGGGGGCAACAUAUGUCAACCUUAAUUCUUGCAAGCCUGGUUUCAUCUUGCAUCUGUACAGUUUCAUUUAUUAUUUGUUCAUGUACAUAAUAAAGAGUGCUUUUCGUUGAUUA